UACAACUAGCUAUCUAAAUUUCAACCUCGACCUAAUCCAAACCACCGCCCACAAUGCAAGUCGAAGUCAACCCCAACGAAGACACAGAAUGGAACGACAUUCUCCGUAAACACGGAAUCAUCCCAGAGAAACCUCAAGACCCGGAGCCGCUUAUCCAGGAAGCGCUCGUCGAAGCCGAGCGCAAAGCGCACGAAAACCGACUCGAGGAUAAGGACCUGGACGAACUAGACGAGCUCGAGGAUAUCGAGGAUGAAUCAUUUCUGAACCAGUACCGACAAAAACGCCUCGCGGAACUAAGCACAAUAACACAAGCCUCAGUGCACAACCAAGUCUACGGUCUGCAAAAGCCUGACUUCACGCGGGAAGUCACCGAGGCGUCAAAGAACUGUGUUGUCUGUCUGAACCUUACCUCGUCCUCGAGCAACAAUGUCGAGUCGCGGCUUCUAUCCGAGAUAUGGAGGCGAUUGGCGGCGAAGUAUGGCGAUAUCAAGUUCUGUGAGAUGCGUGGGAACAUGUGUAUUGAGGGGUAUCCAGACCGCAACACACCGACAAUUCUGGUUUAUAAGGAUGGCGAGAUUGCGAAGCAGUAUGUGACGCUUAUGGCGCUUGGAGGAACAUCGACAAGGGUUGAUGAUCUUGAGAAUAUGCUUGUGGAGGUUGGCGCACUUAAGGAGAGCGAUGUUCGAUUGAAGAAGGGCGGAGAUGAUGACUCUGAGGAUGAACGGCCAUCGAAGCCGAAGUCGAGUAUUAGGAAUACUACCGCCACUGUGGAUAACGAUGACGAUGAUUGGGAUUAAUUCACUUAUGUGUCAUCGUGAAGAAACUGAGAGGACCUCGACUAUCACGGGAUUUUAAGCAUAGUCGCAACCACGUGGCUUGGUCUUCGCAUGCUUCAAGGUGGGCAAACUCCGUUCAGACUACCUAAAGAGGCGCAUAUGGUUCGGACAUUGAGGUCACUCAGCGGGUCUGAGUCGUUGAAUGUUGAACUUGAACCAUUGAGAACUCAAUUUGUACUUGCACUGAGGAGUUCAACGGUGGCCUUCUGUAUACGUAACCAACCAUGUACAAGACGACAAUUCAGAAAACGAAUAGAAGUGAAACUAAGUCAAAUUAAAGGCCAUGGUCCAAGUUCAAUCCAGAG